UCUGAGUCAGUAAAAUAAAAUAUUAUUCCAGUUGUUAACUUUCUUUAAUGAGAAGCUUGUACAAAGGGAACGAUAGUUCAGUUUCAAGUUGUCGAGAGUAGGUUGACGUAUACUGUUCGCUACUGUUAACCAAUAUUUUGGGAUGCAAGUCAAAACCGCUCGAUGUACAAGCGUUAUUCGCUCUUUGAACAACCGGGCCCGACUGGAAAAUUCUAUUGUAAAGAUCUGCAGCUGCUCAUACCGGCUACUGGAUGAACUUUUCGCCGACAAAGAUACCUUCUUUCUAUGCACAGCUUUCGCCUUGAAUGAUAUUUAAUGUAAAGAUACAGAGGUGAAUUAAGCAAUACUUUGGGCAAAAACAUUAUUCGAUAAGAUUGUUGUGAAUUGAGAACGUAACGAUAGCGCUAGCCGAAGCUCAUUCACAAACUAAGUCGCUGCCAAGGAAGGAUUAGAAUGUUCUGUGGCAGUUUGUUGAUACUCUUGAAAGCUCCAGAUGAAUUUCACGGUUUUUCCUUCUCCGUCAACCUUGGCUCCGGAAAACUUUCUGUCAACGCCGGGCGAAGCUUUGCAUCAGCAAAAUAAAUCUGAUUUCAAGACACCGCUUUGCGACCAACGUCUUGAUGAGGCGUUUUGGGUUGUAAACGGUAUUAUUGGUGUAGUGAUUUUACUUGGGAACAGUUUCACGUGCACUGUAUUCUUAUCAAGUUCUUACUCGAGGCGAAACUACAUGAACAUCUAUUUGCUCAGCCUGGGUGUCGCUGAUAUUUCAAUGGCCGUGUUAGUGGUACCAGGCUUUGCCGCAUUUUGCAGUGGCUGCACUUACAAAUGGAGCGAGUACUGCUGGUUUUUUGGAGGCGCGAGAGAUAUAUCAUUUUCUGCUACUGUCCUCAAUGUAUUAGCCAUCACCUACGACAGAUACACGGCCGUUGUAAGACCGCUUCAUUACGCAUCCACGAUGACUAAUCGCAAAGUUUUCACCAUUCUCGUUGCCGUCUGGGUUACACCCCUCGUUGUCUCGUCCCUGAGAAAUAUUUGGUUUCAUUCGUGGAGUGAAGAAGCAGUUAAGAAGGCCGACACAGUUUACAAUGCAGUCCUUAUUACAAUUUUCGUUUUCUUGCCUCUUCCAGUGUUGUUCAUUGUUAACCUUCAGAUUAUGAGGGCUAUCAAGAGUCAUGGAAGUCGGAUUCACGCAGAUAUGGUCGAACGGAUGCAUCUGUCUUUCCAGUCUUCUACAAUCGUCACAGUUACAGAACCUUCCACGAGGGAAUUUGGAAACGAACUCGUGAGUAAUGCAGAUUUAAAUGUGCAAAAUCGGAGGAACAUUUCACGACGGAGAAAAGGAACUUUGUCCUGUGUUCUAGUGGUUUUUAUUUUUAUCAUUUCUUGGCUCCCGAGAGCUUUUCUAAAUUUCUGCUACCUUUUCGGUCGACGAGACUUAACAAGCCCCAUGCUUAUAAAACUUUCUUUGUUUUUGCUUUUCUUUCAGUCUUCUGUCAACCCUGCGAUAUAUUGCUUUCUUAGAAAUGAUUUCCGCCAAGCAGCUAAGCGGUUAAUUAAAUGGCGUUAACUGUAAAAAUCAUUAGUUCCAUAAGCUUAAAGUAAAUUCAGUUUUUGAGUUUUAAUCUGACAGAUAGAUGCGAAAAAACUGAACGCUUUUUGUUCAUAAUUAAUCACAUUGAGCAGACAUGUUUGGUUGGUACAGAAGGUGUGAAAAUUAAGUAUUCUGACGAA